ACGGGUAUUCGGAAGGUGGGGCCGUUAGCGCCAUGUUUGAGUCCUGGAAGCCAUUGAGAGGUCUCCCGACCUUGGUGACCAUGCCUCCAGCUGAUGGUCGGCCCUUUACGGGCGACACCUGCGUGCAUCAGAAGCAGGAGAUGGAGCCAGUGACCUUUGAGGAUGUGGCUGUGAACUUCACCCUAGGAGAGUGGGCUUUGUUGGACUCUUAUCAAAAGGAGCUCUACAGAGAUGUGAUGAAGGAGACCUUUAGCAACCUGAUCUCCAUAGGGAAAACCGAAGAAGAAAAUAUUGGAGAGGAUUACCAAAAUAUUAGGAGAAAUCUGAGCACUCAUGAGGUUAAAGGAUUCUAUGAGUUUCAACAUGGCGUUCAGUAUGGAGAAGCCCACCAACGGAUUCGAGAGCAUAUUGUUAAUGAGUACAUGCCUCCAGGAAUAGUAGUAUAUGAAAACAGUGUGUGUGAAAAUGAUGCCAUUGGUCUUUCACAGCCAGAUAUGCACCUGAGAGGUUCAACUGUAGAGAAACCGUAUGAGUAUCAGGAACAUAUGGAAAAGCCUUUUAAACAUAAGAAAUUUUGGAAAAAUUUUACAUAUUUUGAGUCCUUUCUUACCCUUGAGAAUCCUUCCAGAGAGAACCCCUGUGAAAAUAAACUAUCUAAUAAACAUUGUAGGAAUCUCAUUUCUGAACAAGAUUAUGAGACAACUCAUAAUGGAGAUAAUCUCCAUGAAUAUAAGCAGUUUGAAACAGCUCUUAUGACAUGUAGUUAUGUUCAGUCAUAUGAUAAACUCCAAACUGGAGAAAAACCAUUUGUGUGUAAGCAGUGUGGAGAAGCCUUCAUUAAUUCCAGUCACCUUAUCAAACAUCAUAAAAUUCAUACUAGAGAGAAGACUUUUGCAUGUAAGUAUUGUGGAAAGGCUUUCAUCCAUCCAAGAGCCUGUUACAAUCAUGAACGAACUCACACUGGAGACAGACCUUAUGUAUGUAAGCAGUGUGGGAAAGCAUGCAUUCAUUCUUAUCACCUUCUACAACAUGAGAGAAGUCACACCCGAGAAAAACUUUAUGCAUGUAAGCAGUGUGGGAAAGUAUUUGGUCGUUCUUCAUACCUUCGUAAACAUGAAAGAAUUCACACUGGAGAGAAACCUUAUUUAUGUAAGCAUUGUGGGAAAGCCUUCAGUGAUCCCACAACCCGGAACAAUCAUGAAAGAACUCACACUGGAGAGAAACACUAUGUUUGUAAACAGUGUGGGAAAGCCUUCAUUCGUUCCUCUCAGCUUUUGAUCCAUGAAAGAAUUCACACUGGAGAGAAGCCUUACUCAUGUAAACAUUGUGGGAAAGCCUUCACCUAUUCCAGUGCCUGUUAUAUUCAUGAAAGAAUUCACACUGGAGAGAAACCCUAUGUUUGUAAGCAGUGUGGGAAAGCAUUUACAUGUUCCACAUACCUCCACAAACAUGAAAGGAUUCAUACUGGAGAGAAACCUUACUCAUGUAAACAAUGUGGGAAAGCCUUCAUCCAACAUAGGGCUUGUUACAAUCAUGAAAGAAUUCAUACUGGAGAGAAACCAUAUGUAUGUGUGCAAUGUGGGCAUGCAUUCACUUUUUCAAAGUCCCUUCAAAUACAUGAAAGAAACCACACUGGAGAGAAACCAUACGUAUGUAAACAAUGUGGCAAAGCAUUCACAUGUUCUACAUAUCUUCACCAACAUGAAAGAACUCACAACGAAAAGAAAUCCAGUGGAUAGAAGUAAUACCAAUGUAAAUCAUGGGAGUCUUUGUAGCCAGCUUACUGUUAUUGCAAGGAAUGAAAAGUAUAAAGAAAAAUCAAGAGAAUAUGAGACCAGCAGUUACAUAAUUUUACUUACAUAUGCAAGUGUACAUAGGAUAAAACCUUUUG